GUUGGGGGGAGUCCCCAGCCUGUUUCCCAAGUUCACUCUUAGGGGGAGACUUCUGUGCCAGUCUUGGGGGUACCUAGAAGGCCCUUGACUAGGAGUCCUUAAGUGAAUUUGGAGUCCCUCAGGAGACAAUAACCUUCAGAAACCCCGUGUGCUAACAUGAACGGUCAUGCGCUCUCCACCGUGCCAGAUGCCCUUCUUUCUACCUGUGAGGACGACUGCAAUACUCUUUGAAACUUCAAAUAACCCAAUCUUUCCACGAAAUACAUCUUCCCAUUUUUCCAUUUUGGUGGCCCUGCCUUGCUGGCAUGACAAACACGUGCUGGGUGAAGCCAUCCUCAUAAGCCAGCAUAGCGGAUCUGGGAGUUACCUCUUGGCCAAGAGCAGGUGCAACCCAGGCUCGGGACUCCAGACCCGGAACCCUCAAAACCGGGAACGCUGUAGGGCUGCGGCUGCAUGGGGAAUGGGAUCUGGGAGGGACUUCCUGUUGUCCCUAAUCCCAGUCUCCACCCGGCUCCCCCGCCCCGUGCAGGCUGUGGAGACUCCCUUCCCCGGGGACGGGGCUCCUGCUGCUGCAGGUGGCCUCUCUGCCUCCACCCCGGCUCCUGGCCAGAAGCUGGAGGGGGAUUGGUGGAGAAGAGGGAGCAGCAACUCAGCUGUUCUUUCUAGUUCUGAAAUAGAAAAUGUCUGCAGACGGUGGAGGCAUCCAGACCACCCAGGACAAGGAGACAGCCCUGGAGGUUCCAGAUCGGCGACAUCCUCAUCAGGAAAUGCUUUCUGCGCUGGGGGAGGCGGUGCCUCCAGGGGCCACUCACGAGUCAUCACACAUUAAGAUGGAGCCAGAGGAGGCACACCGCGAGGGGGCAUCGCAGGAGGACGGGGCUCAAGGUGCAUGGGGCUGGGCACCCCUAAGUCAUGGCUCUAAGGAGAAAGCUCUCUUCUUGCCUGGAGGAGCCUUCCCCUCCCCCCGGAUCCCAGUGCUUUCCCGAGAGGGGAGGACCAGAGACCGGCAGAUGGCCGCGGCGCUCCUCACCGCCUGGUCCCAGAUGCCAGUGACCUUUGAGGACGUGGCCUUGUACCUCUCCCGGGAGGAGUGGGGACGGCUGGACCACACGCAGCAGAGCUUCUAUAGGGAAGUCCUCCAGAAGAGAAACGGGCUGUCGCUGGGCUUUCCCUUCAGCAGGCCUUUCUGGGCCCCCCAAGUGCCAGGCAAGGGCGAGGCCUCAUGCUCCAGCCGGCAGACAGGAGAUGAGAAGGAGGAUUGGAGAGGCGCAUGCACAGGACCCAUCCAAGGGGUACAGGGGGUGCCGACUCCACCCGUGGCAGCCCUUGAAGAUGUGAAGCCCUUCAGAAUCAGGGCAGGGAAAGUCCAGGGGGCCAUCCUGCAGUGCGCGCAGGAAGCAGCCUGCGGCCGGAGCUCAGGGCUGGCCAGAGACUCCGGGCAGCCGGCGAAUCCAGACAGCACCCCGGGUGCAGCCCCUCCCGACCCCAGUCCCCCGGAGCCCCAGGAGGGCCGUGUCCCAGGGAAGCCCAGCGAGGAGGAGAAGGGCGCCCUGGAGAGCGGCGAGGAGGCCCUGGCCCCCGACGGCGAGGCGGGCAGGAAGAGCUACCGGUGCGAGCAGUGCGGCAAAGGCUUCAGCUGGCACUCGCACCUGGUGACGCACCGGCGCACGCACACGGGCGAGAAGCCCUACGCCUGCACGGACUGUGGCAAGCGCUUCGGCCGCAGCUCGCACCUCAUCCAGCACCAGAUCAUCCACACGGGCGAGAAGCCCUACACCUGCCCCGCCUGCCGGAAGAGCUUCAGCCACCACUCCACGCUCAUCCAGCACCAGCGCAUCCACACCGGCGAGAAGCCCUACGUGUGCGACCGCUGCGCCAAGCGCUUCACCCGCCGCUCGGACCUGGUCACCCACCAGGGAACCCACACGGGCGCCAAGCCGCACAAGUGCCCCAUCUGCGGCAAGUGCUUCACGCAGAGCUCGGCGCUGGUCACCCACCAGCGCACCCACACCGGGGUCAAGCCCUACCCGUGUCCCGAGUGCGGCAAGUGCUUCAGCCAGCGCUCCAACCUCAUCGCGCACAACCGCACGCACACGGGCGAGAAACCCUACCACUGCCUCGACUGCGGCAAGAGCUUCAGCCACAGCUCGCACCUCACCGCGCACCAGCGCACGCACCGCGGCGUGCGGCCCUACGCCUGCCCGCUGUGUGGCAAGAGCUUCAGCCGGCGCUCCAACUUGCACCGGCACGAGAAGAUCCACACCACCGGGCCCAAGGCCCUGGCCAUGCUGAUGCUGGGGGCGGCGGCGGCGGGGGCUCUGGCCGCGCCCCCACCCGCUCCCACCUAGGAGGCCAGGAGAGGGGGAGCGGGGCGCCCAGGGCCACUGGGACAGUCCCACUGGAGUCAAGGCCCCGAGGGAGGAAAGAUGGGUGCGGGAAGGGAGCUGGGGCGUUGAGGGCAUGGGGUGGGGCAUGGCGACGUGGGAGGGGCGAGGGCGAGAAAGGGCAGGCACUCUGGCUGCGAAAUUAAAGGCCUUGGACUUGAAGCUCCCGCCGACAGCUCUGUCUCCUGAGGCCUUAGCACUGAUACCCCAGCAUGGGGGAGCUCCUGGGGCAAUUCCUUGUCCUCCAUGGGGCAUCCUGCGAUGCCUCAUUGGCUUGAGCAUCCUCUCCUCCCCAGUCUCCACCCCUUGGUUGGGGUCCCUUUUGUCAAAGGCCCAUUCCAGAGUCUUGCACACAUUGGCAAGCCAAGACUUCGAGAGGUUUUCAAGGCCAGCCAGCCACUCCUACUCCUGGGGACCUCUUGCCAGGCUGUCUGCUGCUGCUGCCACUUGUCCGAGAGCACUGCUCACUGAACCCACACUCCCCCUCAGCUCUUCUCUUUGGAAGCCAGAAGCAGGCAGAGCUGGUCUGGAAACUCCUGCCUGCCCCAUCUGCCACCCAGGCACCGGUGGCUGUGUUCUGUGACUGGUCUUUUCCAUCUGCUCCCACCGUGGCCUGCCUGUGGUCCAGUGAGGGGUCCUCACUCACCAGGGACCGCUUUCUUUUUUGGCCCAUGCUGCAGCUGCUGCCACCUGCCUCUGCUUUGUCUCACCUCCUCGGCCUCUUGGUAUAUAUCCUUUGUAAUUUGCCCUACUUGCCUCUGCCUGGCUCUGAUUUACUCCCGGUCUUCCCCUGUUUUUUUGCUUUGUUUUUGUUUUUGAGAUGGAGUCUCGCUCUGUCACCCAGGCUAGAGUGCAGUGUGGCACAAUCUUGGCUUACUGCAACCUCCGCCUCCUGGGUCCCAGAGAUAUUCCUGCCUCAGCCUCCUGGGUAGCUGGGACUACGGGCAUGUGCCACCAUGCUCGGCUAAUUUUUUGUAUUUUUUUGUAGAGAUGGGGUUUCACCACGUUGGCCAGGCUGGUAUUGAACUCCUGACCUCAGGUGAUCCGCCUGCCUCAAUCUCCCAAAGUACUGCGAUUUAGGCGUGAGCCCCUCGCGCCUGGCUUCUUCCCUUGGUUUGAACCUCUGCAGCUCCCAACUCCUGUUCUCUGCUUUUUCCCCUGGGUGGGGAUGAGCUCAGCCUGGCUGUCAUCCCAUAUCUGUGACCCAGCUCCUGAGAUAACUUUCGGCUCUGACACCAACUGAUCAUGAGGAUGUCUGCACCAGGGAGGCCAUAGAGACCCCACCUGUCUCUGUGGAUUAUGGGGCCACCAGGGUGGCCACAGCCCUGGUUGGCUCCCAGCUCCAAACAAAAAGAGUGGCUUGCCUAGGACGGUGGACUGAGGAGAGUAGUCAUAGCUACCAGUUGUUAAGCAGCUGCUCUUCCAGGCACGGGGCCAAGCGCAGUAGACUCAGCGCCCCAGCUCUCCACAACAAUGUGAGUGCGAAUUGCUAGCCCAGGUUUUUCCUUUCCUUUUUUUUUUUUUUUUCCUUUUUGAGACAGAGUCUCGCUCUGUCACCCAGGCUGGAGUGUACUGUGUAGUGGCACAACUUCAGCUCACUGCAACCUCUGCCUCCCACAUUCAAGCAAUUCUCCUGCCUCAGCCUCCCAAGUAGCUGGGAUUACAGGCACGUGCCACCAUGCCUGGCUAAUUUUUGUAUUUUUAGUAGAGACAGGGUUUCUCCAUGUUGGUAAGGCUAGUCUUGAACUCCCAACCUCAAGUGAUGUGCCCACCUCAGCCUCCCAAAGUGCUGGGAUUAUAGGCGUGAGCCACCAUGCCUGACUGUUUUGUCUUUUUAAAAAUAGAGAUGGGGUCUUGCUAUGUUGCUCUGUCUCAAAAAAAAAUAAUAGACUUGACCUUCAGAAAUGUUAGACUCAGCGAGAUGGGGGUAGGGGGAUGUAAUCAACUGGAAACCAGGGAGCCGCUUACUAGUGGAAGCCAGGAAGGCCUUGUUGGUGUUCAGAUGGUCUCUGGAAUCUAGGCUAGGGAUGCUGGCAGGAUUGGUUGCAUUAAAUGAUUAUUUAUCAGGCCAGAAAGAAAAGCUGUUUCCUUCCUUCAGCUUGUCUUCACCGCUUCAGGCACUCAGAGAAAUAGGAUUGCUCUGCUUGGCUCAGGGUGAGGGGUAAAGGGAGACUCAUUUGUAAAGCAGAGUUGCUCUCAAAGAGUUGUUUUUGUUUGUUUUUUGAGAUGAGGCUCACUCUGUCACCCAGGCUGAAGUACAGUGGCGCAAUCUCGGCUCACUGCAACCUCCGUCUUCUGGGUUCAAGUGAUUCUCCUGCCUCAGCCUCCCCCGUAGCUGGGACUACAGGUGCAUGCCACCAUGCCUGGCUAAUUUUUUGUAUUUUUAGAAGAGAUAGGGUUUCACUCUGUUAGCCAAGAUGGUCUUGAUCUCCUGAGCUUGUGAUCUGCCCGCCUCGGUCUCCCAUAGUGUUAGGAAUAUAGGUGUGAGCCACCGCGCCAGGCCAGAGAGCUCAUUUUCUUAGCAACAGAGGUAGGAGAGUUGCUGAAAUGACCCUGGAAGCCAUCAUCACUUAGCAAGAGAGCUGAGCAGAGUCCUCACUCACACAGUGAGUGUUGCUUGCAUUAAUUUCAGUUCCUUAUGCUGCGUGGUCAGCGUCCCAGGGACCAGGUGUCAGGACUUGAGUGAGUCAGAGGUCUGUUGAGGCUGGGUGUGGUGGCUUACACCUGUAAUCCUAGUACUUAAGGAAGCUGAGGCAGGAGGAUCGUUUGACGUCAGGAGUUUGAGACCAGCUUGGGCAACAUAGCAAGGUUAAUUAUUCAAUUAUAAAAAAGAGCCAAGCAUGGUGGCACAUGCCUGCAGUACCAGCUACUUGGGGGGCUGAGGUGGGGAGGCUGAGCCUGAGUGGUGAUCCAGGGAGUCAUUUAAAAACUUCACUUUGGCCUCCAGGGAGCCCACACAGCACACAGCAUCCUGUUGAAACGUUUCCCCUUUGGUGGGAGUGCAGGGGCACAGGUUCCCAGGAUCCCUUGGAGGGCGCCUGCAGAUCGCCACUUCCUAGGGCUGGGUCCACUUCGCUCUCCAGGGAUCCCUCUAGAGGCCCCAUUACUCUUGCCCAUAGAUCUGCCAGGAGUAUCUUAAGAGUGGAACUUGGCAGUUGGGAAAUAUUCGACAAUCGCAAAUAAGGCACGUGGGAGUACGGGCUGUGCCAUGGAAGGGCCUGGAACGCCAGGCUUAUGGGCUCUCAUAGCUUGCUGGAUGAUGGGCGUCACUGACGGGAGGCUGGAGGGAAGAAGCCACCGAACGGUCUUGGUGUCCCCCCGGGGUAGAGGCUGAGCAGGUUCAGCGGUUUCCCUGGCUUCCUCGGGGAUUCUCGGCCACUGGAAAACCCCACCAGAUCAUCACUGACGCUGUGUCAGGAGCACAGUGAGGGCGGAGGCGGAGAGGCACGAGGUUUCCAUGCUGGCUUCCCACCUGCUUCCCUGCGGCCCCAGGUCCCUGUUGCGGGCGCUAACGGAUCGGCUGACAGCUCUGCCCCCCUGAGCCGGGGGCGUCGGCCUCAGCGCAGUCCUAGCCUCCGACAGCAACUCCCAGCUCCCGGACCCGGUCCGGUGGUGAGGCCGGGAGUCCGCGGAGUCCCAGGGCCCAGCCUGUCGCUCGGCUGCCCAGUCGCCCGCCAGACUUGAGUCCCAAGAGGCCACGACCCCCCGCUCUGCCCUCAGCCAAUCAGACAACGGGGCGGGGAGAAAGGCGACUGUAGCAAAACCAACCAAUCACGGCUGACGUUUGUUCCCUGUGCGGCCCUCCCCUGCCACGCCCCAAGCCGCAUGGUUGCCCCGGCAACUACUCCAGGUUCCAGGGUUUGAAACGUUCCCUCUUACCUUUCGCAGGGCGUUCCUUACCGGAGGAAGCAAAGACCGAAGGGCUGGACUCCGUUUUGCUGCUGACCUCAGUCCUCACAGCCCGCCCCGCCCCCGCCACUGGCUUCCUGGGUCUAUCACCGAGAUGCCGAGCCUCCUGCAGUCCUAGAGAGGAUAGGCUCAGGGCCAGGACCACUUCUGGCUUUGGGCGGCCACUUCCGUCCCCGCUGACUGCCCGCCGAUUAGCUGCACUGGUUCCUGCGCCAGGGCUGAGUGGCUUCGCAGCACCUGCUGCGGCGCUGGAGCAUCUUCCGAGCUCCCGAGCAGUGGCUGGCUGCGCUGUCAGCUGUGGUGCGGCCACGGCCGGCGGAGAGCGCGGGGAGCAGAGGAAACGCGUGGGCUGUGCGAGGCGGCUCGCGGCUCUGGGAUGCCUGAGGGGCAGAGGACGCGGUGGCUCACGCCUGUAAUUCCGGCACUUUGGGAGGCCGAGGCGGCUAGAUCACGAGGUUGAGUUCGAGACCAACCAGGCCAACAUGGUGAAACCCCGUCUCUACUAAGAAUACAAAGAUUAGCUGGCCGUGGUGGCAGGCGUCUACAGUCCCAGCUACGCGGGAGGCUGAGGCAGGAGAAUCGCUUGAACGUGGGAGGCAGAGAUUGCAGUGAGCCGAGAUCGCGCCACCGCACUCCAGCCUGGGCAACAGAGCAAGACUCCGUCUGGAAAAACAACAAAACAAGAUGGAGUCUUGCUCUGUCACCUAGGCCGGAAGUGCAAUGGCGCCAUCUCCACUUACUGAAACCUCCACCUCCCAGGUUCAAGUGACUCAGCCUCUCGAGUAACUGGGAUCACAGGCACCUGCACCUGGCCAGGAUCACCUUCUUUACCAACAGUACAGUAACUUUCACGAGAGAUUUGUUGGGACUGUAAAUGUAUCUGUCAUUAUUAUUCAGUAAUUCUACAGUUAA